ACUUAUAAACAGUCUCUCGAAUCUCAGAAUAUCUCGAAUUGCAUUUUGAUUUAAAUGUCUUUGGGAUUCUCAAACCAACAAUAAUAUUAGCAGAACCACGAGAUGCCUUAAGGCCCAUCCUAAUAUGCAAACGUACGAACAAUUAUAUAGCGUGCUUGAGCACAUUUCAUAUUCCAAUAUUUGUGGAAAUCUAUGCAGAGUAAUUAUUUAGUUGGGUGACGGUAUUUGCACAGUAAGGACCAACGAACGCUCAUAUUGAUCAUGUCUGCGGAAGUUUUCUUUACAUCAAUGCUUUGUUUUAUGUCAACAUACGAUAGUAAUUUGAAUAAUAUGCAGAUAAAUUCAACACCUUUGCAGAGCGUGGGGCCAAGCUGUACAAAUGAGGCGCAGAGUUUCAAUAAAAAAGUCGGUCAAUUGCUCGAUCUGCAAAAGGCAAAUGAUAACUUGUUCAAACAGCUAGAAGGUGACAUGGCGAAUUUAAGAAAUUAUAUUGGUAUGAGCCCAAACUUAAGGAACGUACGCAGUAAACGGGAGACUAUUGGCACAAUUGAUAUAUUAACCCAUACGCAAUUUGCCUGUAAAAUUCCACCCAUAAUUAGUAUGCAAAUCAACAAUGCUAAACUUAUACCAAACAUAGUGCAAUGUGAGAGUACUAAAUAUGGAGAUGGCUGGAUACUCUUUGCCGCUUUAGAUGCACAUCAUGGAAAUUUCAAUGAAAAGAGUACAAAUGAAUUUAUUAAUGGCUUUGGUGGUCUCACGAACGGUCAGAUAGUGACGGAGUACUUCGUCGGCUUAAAGCGUUUGCAUGAAAUAACGACAGAAGGUGGAGAGCAUGAAUUAUUGAUUAUGAUACGCAAUGUCGAUUAUUGGGAAAAAACUCACAUACAUUAUAUGCAGUAUAAAAGAUUCAGCGUGGCUGGUGCAGAUAACGACUACAGGUUAAAAUCACUUGGUGGAUACGUUGGUGACAUUAAUGACCCACUUCAAGCGUUCCUAGAAGAGCCAUUUUCACUCACUCUACUGAGAAUGGAACGGCUGGGCGCAGUAACAAUGUUUGUGAGGUCUGUGAACGUAUAAUUGAAUUAAUCUCAGCGCAGUGUGUACAACAACAUUUCACCAUAAAUACACCAAACAUACAUACAUUCUAAAUUAAAAAUUCCACUCAAUUUAUGAAAAUAAUUUAUUUUAGAUAUAACUUUAGGCUACAAAAUGUGGAAUAACUUCUGGAAACAAAUGAUAAUUACAGAUUAAUUGUGAUGAAAA